UCGCCCUCUGCUGCGUCGUUUCUCGGACCGGACACGUUGCUAGCAGACGACAGCGGCGUCCACGGUUGCUCCGCAGUGGUUUUCCCCAACUACGCCGACCAACGGACCGACUCAGUGCGCGAUUGCAUUCAUCUCUGUUAGCGCGUUAGCGGAAAGGUCGCAUUCAAUCAUUUUGUCUCGCAGACCGUAAAAGAGCGCCAUCGACAAGCGACACCACGACAGUUUCAAGAUGCGCAUGGUACCCGCCACGAUCGUCUGUGGUUCCUCGAUCUUCUUUUUAGUGAACGGUAGUCCGUAACAAAAGCCCGUGCUUUGAAGAGCGUAUAUAUCACAGUGCUGUGCCAUUUCGCUGGUGAUCCGAACCAAGCUGCCUCGUGCUGAACUUUGAACAUAGAGAAGCCCGAAAGCUGCCGAUCGAGCGAGUGUCCAGUUGGCUCACGUGACCGGCUCACGGCGGUCAGCCAUGGGUCCCGUGCUGGCGCGAAUGAACUCGCUCACCGAGGGCGGCUUCUACAUUUCGGUGGUGACGGGCGACCGACGUGGUGCUGGUACCGAUGCCAACGUCUGGAUGCGGCUGCAUGACGUCGACGGCCGGAAGUCUCCCGUCAUCACGCUCAACCACACCUUCAAGAACGACCACGAGCGAGGCGAAACGUCCUCCUUCUCCAUAAAACCGAUCCACAACUUCGGAGCACUUGCCAAGGUGGAGGUGUGGCGCGACAGCUUCGGCUUCGGCCACGCAUGGUUCGUGGACCGCAUCGAGGUGCAGGAUCAGCUGUCGGCCGAGCUGUACGUGUUUCCCUUCCACCGGUGGCUGCCCGCCGACCAGCACUUCUUCGUCGCACUCUACGACUGUGUGCUGCCGCACGACGACCCGCACCAGGACCAGCGCAGGCAGGAACUGCAGCGCAAGCGGAAGCUGUACCGCUACAAGGCAUGGAUCCCCGAAGGACCCACUCAGGCCUACCGCCUUCCCGAGGAUGAACAGUUCAGUCACGAAUACAAGUGGGACAUUGUGUCGAUGAAGGCGAGGAUGAUGGUCGAAACCAAACUUAUCAUGAUCAAGGUCACACACUGGCAAUCUAUGGACGACCUCCGUCGGGUCUACAAGUACAGCCUUGGAGAGCCCAGAUGUCUCGAUCAUUGGAACGAAGAUCGGUGGUUUGGUCUACAGCGGGUUCAAGGCGUCAACCCUUUUCUUAUAACGCUUUGCAAAGCCAUUCCGGAAAAGUUCGGCGUUGAAGACUACAUGGUCGAACCAUUCCUGGAAGGAAUGACCUUGGACGAAGCAAUGCAGAGAAACAGAAUCUUUAUGACAGACAUCGCCCUUGUCGAAGGCGUCCCACUCAUGACCAAGGAAACGCUAUGGGGAUCCAUGGCGCUCUUCUUCUUGAACAAGAGGAACGACCUGAUGCCCAUCGCCAUACAGCUGAGGCAGCAGAAAGGCAUCGACAAUCCGGUGUUUCUGCCGUCCGACCCGCCAUUUACGUGGAUAGCAGCCAAGAUGUACUACAACAACUCGGACGCCAGCUACCAUCAGUCAUGCUCACACCUAGGAUUCACGCAUCUGCUGAUGGAAGGCGUCACCGUCUGCACGCAUCGCAACCUGAGUCCUUCGCACCCUCUGUUUAAGCUCAUGGCGCCACACUUUCUCUUCUUGAUUGCCAUCAACUCUCGCGGCAUCAGUAAACUGGUCAGUCCUGGAGGCUGGGUAGACAAGACGUUGGCCGUCGGAGUCAAGGGGAUGUUCGAGAUCAUUCGCCGAGGUCUCGACGUCUGGAGGCUCGACCUACAUGGAAACCCGGAGAAGGACAUAGAAUCAAGAGGGGUACUCAGUCCGGAGGUUCUGCCUUGGUAUCCGUACCGGGAUGAUGCAAUUAGGAUUAACGCGGCGAUCAGAAGAUACGUCUCCAAGGUCGUCAACUAUUACUACGACACGCCGGAGAAACUCGACAACGACUACGAACUGCAGCAGUGGAGAGACGAACUCGUCAAAGAACGCCAUCUGACAGGCGUUGGACUGAAGGGCGUGCCAGGUGAUGAGCACGGACGUUUUACUGACGUGGAGCAAGUGAUCGACACCGUGACGGCCAUUAUUCAACAGUGCAGCGUGGGACACGCGGCGGCCAACUUCCAACAGUACGAGGAGUACGCCUUUCCGCCCAACUACCCAGCGUUUCUCUACAAUGGACCGCCCACAGACAAGCGAACGUGGACGCAAGAAGACAUCGUUUCCAUUCUACCGUCUCGGCACGUCACGCUGGACAGCAUGAUCAUUACGAAGCUACUGAGCAGCAAGGGCACCAACUCGCUGGGUGACUUCGAGAUUCAGUACAUGUACGAGCCCUUCGCCGUCAAGGCAGCCGACGAGUUUCGGGAGGAGCUGAGUUUAAUCAGCGAAGACAUCAAGAAGCGAAACUGCUGCAAGGACUUUCCCUACCCAUAUCUCGACCCCGAGAUAGUUCCGAAUUCCAUCAGCAUAUGAGGGGCUCAAGUGAUCCAUUCACUAGCCCUUCAGGCAGUACAAGAUUUAAUUAAUAUUCAUCAUCAAGCUCGCCAACCACACUCACUGCUCAAAUGUUUAUUUAUAUUCAAUCACUGAUGUAUAUAAAUACGCUGCAAUUUUGCCAUAAGGAAUAAAAAAUGCUGUUCAGUAAACCUCUUA